AUGGAAGAUGUUGCUGAUGUGCCGUAUGAGGGCGUUGUCGGCUGGCUCCUCUGCAGGCGGCUGCUGCCGGAGGAUUACCAUCAGAGAUUGAAGGGGAUGACGGCCCACGUUAAUGCUGCCUUAGAAACCCCUCCGGAGAGCCAAGAAGCCGCUAAGCUGAUUGCAGAGAAGAAAGGCGGUCCCUUUGGGUAUAGAGAAGUGGAAGAACUUGUGCAAAUUCUAAUGAAAGAAGGGGGCUCUGAGGGCCUCUUUUCGAAAGCGUUCGGAUCUGCGAUGUACAGGCAGUGGCGGCGUUUGCAGCGUACAUUUCAACAACAGAACCUACACUUGGCAGAUCUGUCUCGGGCCCUUACAAAGACAGCCAACAUGCUGGUGCCUACGCAACAGAAGAUUCUACAGCAGAAACAACGAUUGCUCUCUGACUGUAUCAAAAAGCAGCAACUGCUAAAGCAAAGUGCAGCCUCCUCCCAAGAGGCCUACGUUCAGCUGUGUCUGAAGUAUGGCUUGGAGGAAGCAGCAGCAACAGAUCCGCUGUUGCUGCAGCAGCAGCUCUUUGAGUAUGUAAACCGCGAGCUGCCGCUGCGAUUGCGCCGGGCUGAAGCACUGAUUCGGCAGCAGGGGGCGGAGCUUCUCGCCUUUUACCGCUCGUUCGUGGCUUUCAGCACAUCGGAAAACACUUCCAAAGAGGCACGAAACGAUUCGCUGCCGCUGCUAGCCCUUCUUUCGGAGAUGGGGAAUGUGCUAUUAGCAGAGGCCGCAGCAGCAGCACCCGAAAUACCCGUCUUGCAGCAGCAGGUGCAAGACGAUACGGCGGCAGCAGCAGUGCAAAUAGAGAUUCAGCAGCAGGGAGAUGAGGGGGGCCUCUCGGAUCUAGACGAUCUCCCUGCAGACCAUACCUGCUGGAUUGUUGAAGAGGGCGAGGGGACGUGGAAUGGCUCGAGCGCCACUGACAGCAGCAGCAACAUUACGGACAGCCUUCUCGGAAGUGCAGCCGUAAGAAGGCAACUGUUGCUCGAACUCACUGAGCUGCGAGGCUUCCUGUACGCGCGAAUCGUGCAAAAUCCAGCAGCAGCAGCAAGCAGCAGCAAGAAGCAGCAACUGCGGCAACAGUGGCAGCAACACAACGUCUUGCCAGAAGAGCUGCAGAAGUCGCACGACACAUUGUUGCGGUUGCGUGAUUCGCUGGAGGAGCUGCAUGAGCUGCUGGGAGGAGCCGAGACCGUCCAGCUGCUGCAGCUGCUGCAAAAUGAAAGAGCGCGUAACAAGGUGUUGAAUGAGCUCAUGGCUGCGCGGGCACAGGCACAGAAGCCGCUAAGUGCAGCCAAGGAACAACAGAGGAGAGAGGCCUCCCUGAGCAGCGAGAUGGAAGCGGCAGCGGCUCUACUAGACAAACAGCGCGGGGAGCUGCAACAACUUGUGAAGCUCUUGCACGAGCGAAUGGCAACGGCCGUCAACAGGAAGGUGCGCAUAACUGGCAUCCCCAGAGAUCGGCUCCCAUAA